AGGAAAUUCAUUGAGAUUCAGCUCAAAUAUUACCUCUUCCUCAUGAGCCCCUUGAAAUCCACUUAAAAUGCACCCAUGUCCACCCACACGUCCAUUCAAUGACAGAAAGGGCAGGGGCACUGAGCAGAUAGCCCUUCCCUCCCCGAUGGAGCUCAAAUCCCAGCCAGGACAGACAGCAAAGAGAGACGGGCAAAGUACACAGGAGGUCAAGUGGUGGUGGAUGCUAUGAAGAAGCCAGUCCAGCAGGGGACAGUGGAUGGGCUGUGAUGCCAGGUGGGUCACCAGGACCAGUCCCUCUGAGGCAAUGGGUCAGGACCUGCAGGAAGAGGACUCAGAGGCAGAGAGCUUGCUGGGUGAAGACCCCACAGGGAACAAACAGCACCUGGAGCCUCUCAGAGAGGGCAGGGCCUUGUGGUUAGGGUGAGGUCCUUAUGCUGAGUGAGAAGGGACCACCACCAGGGGAGGGCCCAAGCCACCUCUAGUUCAAUGACUAUACUCCCAGUGCUAUUCUUGCAGCCAAGAAUGCAGGUUAACAUCCAAGAGUACAGGUUAACAUCAGCAAAAGGCAAAGGCUCAUGGCAGAGACCAGCCAAGCCAGCAGCAUGUGUGGCUUCGUGUGCAGGGCGGCCAGCCAGGAAAGCUACAGGCAGCAAUGUCCAGAGGUAGAUAACAUUGUCACUCUGACCUGGGGCCGGCGGGCUGGGGUAUGUUGGUUAGGAGGCUGCAGUGGGAGCAGCCGUAGCUUGGUGGGCCCCCAGAAACCCCUGCCCCAGGCCUACCCCUAGACCCUCAGGGAAGCAAGCACGCACAAAAAGUGGGCUGGUCCAGACCCUCGUUCUGAUUUCUCAAGUUUCCCAAAGUGUGUGGCAGGAGUGGGGAGGGGAGGCAGGGCGGGAUGCUGCGGCUCCUAGAGUGGAACCGAGGCAGAUCCUAGGUCCUCCCCUUACGCCCUGGCCGCAAAAGCUGCGACCUGCCCAGGGAGGCCCCGACAGACAAGGCUCAGGCUGGUCCUGAGUACUCCUCUCCCCGAAGCCCAAGACAGCAGCCGCUGGAGGAGCCGGACCGGUCUCGGACGGGAGUGGGUGGGGCCUCUGACGGGAAAGGGCGGGGCCUCUACGCGGGGUUGGGGCCCUCGCCAGGGCGGGGCGGGGAGCGGUGGGCACAGCCGGGAAGCUCCGCUCCGGCUCCCGCCCGCAGAGGCGGCUCCGGAGGGGCGGGCCUGCUCCACCCCUGGGCCCACCGCCCGUCCGCCGCGCGCUCGCGCCUCUCUAUCCCGAAGCCGGGGUGGGGGCUCGAAGCGACUGUGGCCCCGGGCUGAGCGGCUAGGCGCGGGGCAGGUCCCGCCAGGAGCGGCGGCGGCGACGGACGGAGGAUCGCGCGGAGGGUGGUGGCCUGGGCCCACCGAACCAUGGCGGCCCCGGAACCGGCGCCGAGGCGGAGCCGGGAGCGGGAAAGGGAGGACGAGAGUGAGGACGAGAGUGACAUCCUGGAGGAAAGCCCGUGUGGCCGCUGGCAGAAGCGGCGGGAGCAGGUGAACCAGGGGAAUAUGCCGGGGGUUCAGAGCACCUUCCUGGCCAUGGACACGGAGGAGGGGGUGGAAGUGGUGUGGAAUGAGCUCCACUUCGCAGACAGGAAGGCCUUCUCAGCCCAUGAGGAGAAGAUCCAGACGGUGUUUGAGCAGCUGGCCCUGGUGGACCACCCUAAUAUCGUCAAGUUGCACAAGUACUGGCUGGAUGCCUCUGAGGCCCAUGCACGGGUCAUCUUCAUCACAGAGUAUGUGUCAUCUGGCAGCCUCAAGCAGUUUCUCAAAAAGACCAAGAAGAACCACAAAGCUAUGAAUGCCCGGGCCUGGAAGCGCUGGUGCACUCAGAUCCUGUCAGCACUCAGCUUUCUGCAUGCCUGCAGCCCUCCCAUCAUCCAUGGGAACCUGACCAGCGACACCAUCUUCAUUCAGCACAACGGCCUCGUCAAGAUUGGCUCCGUGUGGCACCGAAUCUUCUCCAAUGCCCUGCCGGAUGAUCUCCGAAGCCCCAUCCAGGCCGAGCGAGAGCAACUGCGGAAUCGGCACUUCUUCCCACCAGAGUAUGGUGAGGUUGCCGAUGGGACCACUGUGGACAUCUUCUCCUUUGGGAUGUGUGCACUGGAGAUGGCUGUGCUGGAGAUCCAGUCCAAUGGGGACACUCGAGUCACAGAGGAGGCCAUAGCUCGUGCCAGGCAUUCACUGAGUGACCCCAACAUGCGGGAGUUCAUCCUUUCCUGCCUGGCCCGGAACCCUGCCUGCCGGCCUUCUGCCCACAGCCUCCUUUUCCACCGAGUGCUCUUUGAGGUGCACUCCCUGAAGCUGCUGGCAGCCCACUGCUUCAUCCAGCAUCAGUACCUCAUGCCUGAGAACGUGGUGGAGGAGAAGACCAAGGCCAUGGACCUGCAUGCAGUCUUGGCAGAGCUUCCCCGGCCCUGCCGGCCCCCACUGCAGUGGCGGUACUCGGAGGUCUCUUUCUUGGAGCUGGACAAAUUCCUAGAGGAUGUCAGGAAUGGGAUCUACCCAUUGAUGAACUUUGCAGCCGCUCGGCCCCUGGGGCUGCCCCGUGUGCUGGUCCCACCACCUGAGGAGGCCCAGAAGGCCAAGACCCCAACACCAGAACCCUUUGACCCUGAAACCAGGAAGGUGGUCCAGAUGCAGUGCAACCUGGAGAGAAGCGAGGACGCGCCGCACUGGCAUCUCACCCUGCUCCUGGUGCUGGAGGACCGGCUGCACCGGCAGCUGACCUACGACCUGCUUCCAACCGACAGCGCGCAGGAUCUGGCUGCGGAGCUCGUGCACUACGGCUUCGUCCCCGAGGUGCGCGGAUGUGCGCGGACGGGUAAGAGAGCUUGCGGGGUGCGCCGCGCCCCUCCGUGCCCCCAUUCCAACCUCCCGCUUGCAGGACGACCGGACGAAGCUGGCGGCGUUCCUGGAGAGCGCCUUCCUCAAGCACCGCGGGGCCCACCCCUGACCCUGCUCUGAGCCGGGGGCCUCCACCUGUGUGCCCCUGGAGCCAGUGAGGAAAGGGCCUGCAGAGGGGGCCAGGGAUCGGGCCCUCCCGGGGGGUGAGGAAGCCGGGGUGCGGGAGUGAAGGGCCCACAUGUCCUUAGGAUCAGGGGUGCUCUGCCAACUCUGGCCUCCACAACGCAGGCCACGUCCCAUAUCAUCCUGCUUCUGGCUGUGAGCCCCUCCCCAGCUGCCCCACCAGGGCCUUUAAGUCCUCAGCACCAGAGGCUGCCCUACCCGGAGCCGGAGUACCCACAGCGCCCAAUGCACACCUCGAGGAUGGAGUGAGGAUCAGCCCUGGACAGACCUGCUGCAGGAAUCGCUUAUCCCAUUAAGAGAGCAGCCCAUAGGACAAGCCUGGACCCCAGGCAGUGGUGGAAUACCUGCAGUGGUCAGGCAUGGUGCUGGGCACUGGGCAGGGGCAGGACCUGGCAACAGGAGGAGAUGGUAGAGAGCCCUGGAGCUGAGGCUAUUGUCAGCAAAGUCCCUGGUCCUGUCCAGACCAGUCCUGCAGCCCCCUGCCCCCAUUCUGAGAGCAGCCCUGCAGCCCAGCCCCUGCACUCCCUCUGCUCUCAGUUUCUCUCCUCUCUGAACAGUUUCUCUCCAGCACACCUUGGCCUGGAGGGUUUGCAGCCGGGCAUCCUCCUUGCUCCUCAAACUCACACUCUCCUUUUGACCUCCCAUACCUCCUCCCUGGAGCCCUGAGGAUGUGGCUUCCUAUCUGUCUCCCACUUAAUGCUCACUUCAAUCUUAGAGGACUCUGCACCCACCUCUCUCUGGCCUCCUAGUUUUUGGACUGCCUCUCUUUCAAUCUCAAAUUUAGCUAAACAGUCUUAAACAUUUUAAGCUGUAUGUAUAUAUUUAGUGCAUUCAUAUUUCUUUUUAAGCAUUUUAACUGUCAAACCAAGAAGACUCACCACGUAAUAGUUCUAUAUUGCUGCUGUAAAAUUUACCACAAACUUACUAUUAAUUCUGUAGGUUGGAAGUCUGAUACAAGUCUCACUAGAUUAAAAUCAAGGUUAACAGGCUGCAUUCCCUUCUGGAGACUAUUGGCAGCAUUGGCUUCCAUGCAGUGGCAGGGCUGAGCCCCCCCCCCCCCACCUUACUGGUUGUCAGCCAAGGGGCAUUCCCAUUGUUAGGGGUUGCUCACAUGCACUGGCUCUUGGCCCCUUCCUCCAUUUUGGUCUCUGGUUCUCUGCAGCCAGGAAAGGUUCUCUUUAAAGAGAUUAGCUUGGGCCAUGCAGGGCAGUACAGGACAAUUUCCCCCCUCAAGGUGUUUAAUAUUAAUCACAUGUGCAAAAUAUCGUUGCCAUGUAAAAACUAACAUUCAGUGGUUUCCCCAGGGAUUAAGGAAUGGACAUCUUUUGUGGAAGAAGGAUGGCAUUCUGCCUACCACCCCACCCUAACCAAAAGCGGAAAGCCAAAAAACCCUAAUCAAAAGCCAAAACAAAAUUUACCAAAGCAUAUUAAAUAAAUAUACAAAUAUGGGGAACCUCAAGUUAUCGUAAACAUUCCAAUACUGUUACAGAAUUAUUGAAAUUCUCACACCUUUCAACUUAAAAUUACAAAUCUACUUUACACAUUCUAGAUGAAAAGCCUGAUGCUAAACUGUCUAAUUUUGCAUGGUCUUAAAUAGUCUGAGUGGCAAAUACAUAACAUUGUACCAGUGAUUAAACUGAACUUAAAAGCAUCAAUACUACCUUGCUGCACUUAAUCAUGCUUUCGUUGUUUUUCAUUUUAACUUUUACCUUCUCAAUUUCAUCCAUAUUGUUUUAGAAGUGGAAUGGGCUUUUUUUUUCUUUUUUUUUUUUUUGCAGCUAAUAAUAAACAGUAAAUGCAGUCUCUUUCUUUGGUCCUCCCCAAAUUUAACUCUCCUAGCUAUUUCUUUAGACAUUUGAAAUCUAUGUUUCUCAAAAAUUACAACCAUGUUUUUAAUCCUGUUUAUGAGUUUUUCUGUUUUUAUAGAGACAGAGUCUCACUUAUUGCCUUUGGUAGAGUGCUGUGGCGUCACACAGCUC